GAAUUAUGUCGGUCAAGGAUGUAGAUUCCAGUACGGUCGGAAAAGACGCUAGCGCGGAUGUGUUCGAGCAGAGUGUUUUAGUAAAGCCAGCACCACCCCCUUCAGUCCCUGCUCCAAUAACAAACGUAACGCCCAACACACCGCAAACUCGUUUAUACGUCGGAAACCUGCCUCCAACCUUAACAGAGUAUAAUCUGAUUACACUCUUUGCUCCUCAUGGCAAGAUCCGAAAGAUAGAUUAUCUAUGGCACAAGCAUGGACCUCGGAAGGGUGAGCCGAGGGGAUAUUGUUUUGUCGAGUAUGAACGACGCGUGGAUGCCGUUGGGGCUGUCGCGGCCAUGAAUGGGCGAGUGGUGGGAGGACGCAAGCUGACGGUGGGGUUUUCGGUUGACCAUGGGCAGGAUGGAAAGUUGCCGAGACCGGCGGAUAGGUACAAGGAUGUGCCGGAAGAGGUAAACCUGAAGUUACAGCCCAAGAUUGUGCGCGCAAGUACGUCUGCAAAAAUAUCUGCUCUGGAACGAAAAAUCCACCAGUUGUCGCAGCAAGAAGAACGAAUGGCCAACGGAAUGGGAAACGACAGAAAACCGGCAGGACCGGGAGCCGCGCGCGGGUCCUCAUUCAGAGGGCCUGCGUCGUCAAAUAGUAGACCUCAGGGAGGAGAAAGUUCUGGGUCUGGCGCUGGCGCGAGACGUUUCCAUCCUUUUCGUAAAUAAGAGUUUGAUUGGCUGCAUUACUCUCAGUCUUCAUUGGA